AUGGGUUUAGGCGUCCUCGAAGACAAAUAUCUCGGCCAAGACGUUCCAGGCACAUGCUUGCUCGAUGACCUUCAUGCCAAAAAGCACGGCGCCCCGGUUGUAGAUCCAUCGAGGCCCGACGUGAAGCGGAGCAAAGACGGCAUUAUCCUCGUACCCCAGCCGUCCGACUCGCCCAAUGACCCACUAAAUUGGCCGACAUGGCGAAAAAUGGCCCUCAUGCUCACUAUUACCUACGGCGCUGGGAUAGUGGGAGCCUUUGGCCCCAUUAUCGGCGCCGGGUUGGUUCAAGUUGCUGAGAACCUGAACACGGACGUAUCGCAAUUAUCUGAAAUCACUGGCGAUACCGUCCUAGCUAUCGGCCUAGUACUGUUCCUGACCGCACCUGCCAGUGUGGUAUGGGGACGGAGACCUAUCUUCCUUAUCGGCAAUGUUCUGCUCCUCGUUAGCUGCAUCUGGAGUGCUCUGGCCAAAAGUGUUGGUAGCUUGACUGCUGCUCGAGUUGUUGGUGGGGCAGGAAUGGCGCCUAUAGAAUGCUUGGUAGAAGCCACAAUUGGUGACAUUUUCUUCGUUCAUGAGAGGGGAACGUGGAUAGCACUCUGGAGCUUUGCCUUACUGGCUGGGAUAUAUGGCGUCAGUAUUGUGAACGGCUAUUUGAUCCAGGACGUGUCUUGGAGAGCCUGCUUCUGGAUUGAAGGUGGCCUCUGCGGUCUGUUACUUAUAUUGACGAUCCUGUUCGUGCCAGAGACUGCUUGGGUCCGCCCGGAAGUGGACACUCUUGCGCCACCAUCAAAUCCUAGUCCUGCAGGGACCACAGAUACCGAGUCCUCGUCGCAGAACGAGAAGGCGUCGGACAAGCAAGUCGAUGUGGAAGUCGGCAGCCGGACCAUCGAGAUCGUAGAGCAGGAGAAGCCAUAUUCAUAUUGGCGCUACCUGAAGCUUUUCGAAGGCCGCCGCUAUACUUCGGAGAAAUUCUGGAGGAUUGCAACAAGGCCUUUUAUCCUCAUUUGCAGCCCGUGCGUCGCGUGGGGUGCUCUGGUCUACGGCACGACUCAAGGAUGGGUCGUUGGAUUAUCUGUCUCGAUCUCAUUGUUAUUCUCCACCCCCGAGUAUGGUUACAAUUUCGGUGCGGGUGCGGUAGGUUUGAUGUCCGGAGUCGGGCCAUUCAUCGCGACUCUCCUGGCGAACGCCAUGGCUGGACCGUUGAGCGACUACUGCGUGAAAUGGAUGGCGCGCAGGAACGGCGGCAUAUACGAGCCUGAGUUUAGGCUUGUGUUGAUUAUCCCGACUUUCUUUUUUCAGGUGAUGGGGUGGUUUGGAUGGGCGGUUAGCGCACAUCUAUUGGAUCCAUGGAUCGCUCCCAUCUUCUUCUACUCCGUCAUCAGUUUUGGCCUGUCUCUUAGCUCAAUUGCCGUUGUAUCGUAUGUUGUCGAUGCGCAUCCACAUUAUGCCCCUGAAAGCUUCGCCACUAUCAAUGCUUCCAAGAACAUAUUCGUCUUCGGCUUGACAUACUAUAUCAUCGAUUGGCUUAACAGUCAAGGCGUUCUCAAGUGCUUCAGCACAAUCGGAGGUUUAGUCGUUUUCGUAUGCGUGAUGACAAUCCCCAUGUACAUCUAUGGUAAGCGUGCAAGGAGUUGGGUGCAUCGUACACCCUGGAUGCUAUCGUAA